AUGGCUCCUACAUCUACUGCUUCUGACGUGUCUUCUUCCAAGAUUGAAGAAUCAUACGCUGAAAUUAACAAAAUCAACUCCAACUCAUGGUACACCCCUAUUGAUCAGAUUGCCCCCAAGGUGCAAAAAGUCACUGACGCAUUUUUCCAAAAGCAAAAGACUCAAGAUAUCCAAUUUAGAUUGAACCAAUUGAGAAAUCUCUAUUUUGCAGUUAAAGAUAAUGAGGAUGCUUUGAUUAAAGCUUUAGAACAAGAUUUCUACCGUUCUCCUUUCGAAACUAAGGCCUUGGAGAUUGAAGGUGGAUUGAAUGAAUUGGUUCACACUAUGGCCAAGUUGCACGAAUGGUCCAAACCUGAAAAAGUUACUGAUUUGUCAAUUUCCAUGAAGUUGAAUCCAGUCUACAUUGAAAGAAUCCCAUUGGGCGUGGUUCUUGUCAUCACUCCUUUCAACUAUCCUUUCAUCUUGACUCUUGCAUCCGUUGUUGGUGCUAUUGCUGGUGGUAACCACGUUGUUUUGAAACAAUCUGAAUUGACGCCAAAUUUCUCCAACUUGUUUUCAGAAAUUUUCACAAAAGCAUUGGACCCAGACACUUUUGUUGCCAUCAAUGGAGCUAUUCCUGAAACUACUGAAGUGUUGAAUCAAAAAUUCGACAAGAUUAUCUACACUGGUAACGGUGUCGUUGGUAGAAUUAUUGCCAAAAAGGCGGCUGAGAAUUUGACACCAUGUAUUUUGGAAUUGGGUGGUAAAUCUCCUGCUUUCGUUUUGGAUGACGUUUCUGACAAGGACAUUGUCACUGUGGCUAGAAGAAUUGCUUGGGGUAAAUUUACCAAUGCAGGUCAAACAUGUGUCGCUCCUGAUUAUGCCUUGGUCCCCGCCAAGCACCAUGCCAAGUUUGUCUCUGCCAUCAAAAAGAUUGUCGAACAAGACUUUUAUCCUUCUUUGAGUACCGGCACCAAGGAUUACACUCAUGUUAUCCAUGACCGUGCUUUUGGUAACCUUUCCAAGAUUAUCGCCAACUCCAAAGGUGAUAUCGUUACUGGUGGGUUGAGCAAAGCUGAUUCUGAAACCAGAUUCAUCCCCCCAACCAUCAUUGACAAUGUCACUUGGUCAGACUCUACUAUGCAACAAGAACUUUUCGGUCCUAUUUUACCAAUCAUCCCAUAUGACAAUUUCACCGACACCAUAAAGGAGAUUGUCAGGCAACAUGACACUCCAUUGGCGCAAUACGUCUUCACCAGUGGAUCAACUUCUCCAGCAAAGAACCGUCAAUUGAAGCAAGUCAUCACCAGUAUCCGUUCAGGUGGAUUGAUUGUCAAUGAUGUCAUGAUGCACGUUAGUUUGACAAAUGCUCCAUUUGGAGGUAUUGGAGAGUCAGGAUACGGUGCCUAUCAUGGAAAAUUCUCAUUCAGAAACUUCACCCACGAGAGAACAACCAUUGAAACUCCAUUGAACAAUGAAAAGAUGUUGAUGUCGAGAUACCCCCCAUUCACCAGUGGUAAGGAUGAGUUGCUUGCUGCUGCUCAACAAAGUUACAAUGGUAAAGUUUGGUUUGGAAGACGUGGCAAUGUUCCAGUUGCUGGACCGGGUACCUUUUUCGGUGUUUGGCACUCUAUUGCUGGUGUUUUUAGUUUGAUUGGAAAGUUUGCCACUACAAAGACUUGA